AUGAGGAAAGAAGCAUCCAUCCUGCGGCCUUCGAACAAUGGCAACCGCUAUGAGCUCACCAGCCCCACCGCUAUGCCCAAGGCAGGCGGCUUUCUCUGGAACCAGAAGAUGAUGAUCCAGAUCACCUGCCGCGGGUAUGCCACGGCGCAGUUCAUGCAGCCGGAGCCCGCGAAGUACGCUUACGCCCCCAAUAUUGAGGCCAAGACUUUUAUGCAGCCGGAGCCGAAUUACUACGCCCACCACCCGGGCCGCUUUGUCUACAUCAAGGACCUCGAAACGGGCGAGCUCUUCUCAGCGCCUCAUGAGCCCGUCCGCGCCACGGCUGAUCGCUUUGUUUUUUCCGUCGGCAAGAGCGAUGUCGCCUGGGCCGUGGAGUACAUGGGCGUCCGCGUCGAGAUGGUUAUGGGCCUCCCGACCCACGACGUGGCCGAGCUCUGGACGAUCCGGGUCACUAACAUCUCGGGCCGUCCACGUCGGCUCAGCGUGACACCUUACUUCCCCAUCGGCUACAUGUCCUGGAUGAACCAGUCGGCUGAGUGGAAUGACGAUGUCGUCGGUGUCGUCGCCAGCUGCGUCACACCCUACCAGAAGGCCACCGAGUACUUCAAAACCAAGUACAUCAAGGACAAGACAUAUUUCCUCUGUGAGACGCCGCCAGAUUCAUGGGAUGCGAGCCAGCAGGCGUUUGAGGGUGAAGGCGGCCUUCAUAACCCCUCCGGUCUGCAGGAACCCAAGUUGAGUGGCAGCGAUGCGCGCUACGAGACCCCAACGGCCGCCGUGCAGUACCGGAUUGCGCUGAAGCCGAACGAGGAGCGGGAGUACCGGUUCAUGUUUGGACCCGCCUACGAUAUUGCCGAGGUCCAGACCAUGCGCGCGCGUUACCUGAGCAAGCAGGCAUUUGUCCGGGCUGCGGACGAGUACGCGGCGUACAUGGCGCGCGGGCGUGGGUGUCUACGCAUCGAGACGCCCGACAAGGAGCUCGACAACUUUGUCAACCACUGGCUCCCUCGUCAGGUCUUCUAUCACGGCGACGUCAACCGGCUCACCACAGACCCGCAAACGCGCAACUAUUUGCAAGACAACAUGGGCAUGAACUACAUCAAGCCCGAUGUUCCCCGCAAGGCCUUCAUCAGGGCGCUUUCACAACAAGAGGCUAACGGCGCCAUGCCCGACGGUAUUCUGUUGGCGGAGGGUGCGGAACUCAAGUACAUUAACCAGAUUCCCCACACCGACCACUGUGUUUGGCUCCCUCUCACCCUCGAGGUCUACCUUUCUGAGACGGGUGACUACGGGCUGCUGAAGGAGCGUGUCCGCACCGAGAAUGGAGACAACUUCACCGUCUUUGAGCGUUUCAGCCGCGCCAUGGACUUUUUGCUGCAACUACGUGACGAGCGUGGGCUGAGCUACAUCGCGCAGGGCGAUUGGUGUGACCCGAUGAACAUGGUCGGGUACAAGGGCAAGGGCGUUUCGGGAUGGCUCACCGUUGCGACAGCGUUCGCCUUGAAGAUCUGGGCGGAUGUGUGUGAGCACGAGAAGGCUACGGACUUGGCAAAGCACUUCCGGGACGGCGCGGCGGAUUGCAAUGCGUCGGCGAACAAGCACCUCUGGCACGGUGACUGGUUCGCGCGUGGCAUCACAGACGACAACGUGGUCUUCGGCAUCAAGAAGGAUCCCGAGGGCCGCAUCUGGCUCAACCCGCAAUCAUUUGCCAUUCUCGGCGGCGCGGCAAACGAAGAGCAGAUCUCCCGCAUGCUCCCGCAGAUCGAUUCGCAACUCGACACUCCGUAUGGCGUGCUCAUGUUUGCCCCCCCAUUCACCAAGAUGCGUGAGGACGUUGGUCGUGUCACACAAAAGGCGAUCGGGUCGGCAGAGAACGGGUCCGUGUACAACCACGCCGGCGUGUUUUACAUUCACAGCUUGUACCAGCUUGGCGGGCAGCAGGAUCGUGCGUUUAAGCACUUGCGCCAAUUAUUGCCUGGCCCCACGGAGACCGACUACCGCCAGCGUGGCCAGCUGCCCAUCUUCUUGCCCAAUUACUACCGCGGUGGCUGGCGGGAGUUCCCCCGGACAGCCGGUCGCUCGAGUCAGCUGUUCAACACCGGCACGAUCUCGUGGGCGUACAGGUGUGUGAUCGAGGGCCUGUGCGGACUCCGGGGUGAUGCGGAGGGCUUGGUGGUGCAACCCCAGCUGCCGAGCGAGUGGAACUCGAUCAAGGUCACCCGCGAAUUCCGCAAUGCGACGUUCCACAUCGAUAUCCUCCGGGCGGGUGUCAAGGAAGUGGUCGUCAAGGUGGAUGGCCAGACAUUGCCGGAGCCCAAGAUCACCAACAUCAAGCCCGGUAAGGCGUACCAGGUCUCCGUCCUGGUGCCGCAGUAA